AACCCACAGCCUCUUCUCGAGAGAAGGAGUGGAGAAGAGGAGAGAGAGAGAGAGAGAGAGAGAGAGAGAGAGAGAGGAUGUCAGGCGAGCACACGCUUCUGUCGACGGAGAUCGUGAACAGGGGAAUCGAGGCCUCUGGUCCCGAUGCGGGAUCGCCGACCUUCUCAGUCAGGGUGCGGAGGAGGCUGCCGGACUUUCUGCAGUCGGUGAACCUCAAGUACGUGAAGCUGGGCUACCACUACCUCAUCAGCCAUGCGGUGUACUUGGCCACGAUACCGGUGCUGGUGGUGGUGUUCAGUGCCGAGGUGGGAAGUCUGAGCAGGGAGGAGCUGUGGAGGAAGAUGUGGGAGGAGACGAGCUACGAUCUCGCCACUGUACUUGCCUUCUUCAGCGUCCUCGCGUUCACCAUUGCCGUCUACUUCAUGUCUAAGCCCAGGCCCAUCUACCUCGUCGACUUCGCCUGCUACCGACCCUCCGAUGAUCUGAAGGCGUCCAACGCGGAGUUCAUAGAGAUGGCCAGGAAGUCCGGCAAAUUCGACGAGGAAAGCUUGUCAUUCCAAUCCCGGAUCUUGAAGUCCUCCGGCAUCGGCGACGAGACCUACGUGCCCAAGUCCGUAUUCUCCACGGGCAACUGCGCCACCAUGAAGGAAGGCCGCGCCGAGGCCUCCAUGGCCAUGUUCAGCGCCCUGGAUGAGCUCUUCGAGAAGUGCCGCGUCCGGCCCAAGGACGUCGGGGUCCUCGUCGUCAACUGCAGCCUCUUCAACCCCACGCCCUCCCUCUCCGCCAUGAUCGUGAACCACUACAAGAUGCGGGGCAACAUACUGAGCUACAACCUCGGCGGCAUGGGGUGCAGCGCCGGCAUCAUCGCGCUCGACCUCGCCCGCGACAUGCUGCAGGCCAACCCCAGCAGCUACGCCGUCGUGGUGAGCACCGAGGCGGUGUCCUUCACCUGGUACACCGGCCGCAACCGGUCGAUGCUCAUACCCAACUGCUUCUUCCGCAUGGGGUGCUCCGCCGUGCUGCUCUCGAACCGCAGGCGAGACUUCCGCCGGGCCAAAUACCGCCUCGAGCAUAUCGUGAGGACCCACAAGGGCGCCGACGACCGGAGCUUCAGGUGUGUGUAUCAGGAGGAGGACGACCAAAGAAUCAAGGGCCUCUCCAUCAGUCGUGACCUCAUGGAGGUAGGAGGGCACGCACUCAAGGCCAACAUCACCACCCUCGGUCCCCUCGUCCUCCCUUUCUCCGAGCAGCUCCUCUUCUUCGCCACCCUUCUCCACCGCCACCUCUUCUCCAAGCCCGCCGACUCCGCCAACGCCGCCGCCACCAAACCUUACAUUCCCGACUACAAGCUCGCAUUCGAGCACUUCUGCAUCCACGCCGCGAGCAAGGCGGUGCUGGACGCGCUCCAGAAUAACCUGGAGCUCGAGGACCGCCACAUGGAGGCGUCCCGCGCCGCCCUCCACCGCUUCGGCAACACCUCCAGCAGCAGCAUCUGGUACGAGCUCGCCUACCUGGAAGCCAAGGGCCGAGUGCGCGGCGGCGACCGGGUGUGGCAGAUCGCGUUCGGGUCGGGCUUCAAGUGCAACAGCGCGGUGUGGAAGGCGAUGCGGCGAGUGCGGAGGCCGAACCGCAACCCUUGGCUCGACUGCGUCGACCGAUAUCCGGUCGGCCGCUAGGGUUUUGGAACCCGGCCGCGUCGGAGGCCUUGGCGAAUGCAUGCCAUGUGUUUGCUUUUAUUUGCUGCGUUUAUGGUGAUUAAGACUCAGCUUGAAGCUAUCCUGCUGUUUCAAUUGAUGGUGUCGUUUACAGUUUGGAUGUGCCGAUCGUUCGCUCGAAAUCGUCUAUGUAUUGAUGAAGUUAGUGUAUACUGUUAACUAUAUUGCUUGCCAUAUAGUUAGUAUAUACUGUUGCUUA